UGAGUGUUAUUUUGUAAUUAACCAACAAACUAACUCCUGCAUUACUAUUUUAUGCACAGUGUACCAACUGUAUCCAGGCUACCAACGUAUUACUGCCAAGGCACACCAUUUUUCCCAGGAAGCAAUGAGUGUUUAUAUUGAAGAAGUAACGACUGCUUUGAACCACCUCAAUAUUGUAAAAAGGUUUAUCAAUUUUCCCACCACACGCCAAGAAAGAGAUGGCAUUAAACAAAGUUUUUUCCAUAAAUAUGGAAUCUCAGGGGAGAUAGGAAGCAUUGACUAAAGCCACUUCAAGAUGUUUACACCAAAAAAUAAAGAAGAACACUUAUAUUUCUGUAGAAAGCAUUAUCACUCAAUGAAUGUACAAAUGGUAGGUCUGUUUUUAUCUGUAGGUAUAGGUAUCUAACGUACUCCUUAAUAAAUUUAGAUUGACAUGUUUCCCUAAAAGCGCCUUACUUAAUUGUAGAGUACGAGAGGGCCGACCCCGUGGCGUGAAAACGGGGUCGGCCCUCUCGUAAGAAUUGAUGGGAUAAUGGAUCGCUUUGUGUACGAAAACAUACUUAAUACACACAUGAUACCUUAUGCCAGAGAGAAUAUAUGCCACCUCGCUGGGUUUUUCAGCACGAUAAUGACCCUAAGCACAAAUCCAAACACAUCCAGGCUUUCCUGAAACGGAAAAAAGUGAAGUUUUGUGAAUGGCCGAGUCAAAGUGCCGAUCUUAAUCCAAUAGAGCAUUUAUGGGAAGAACUGGACCGCAAAGUAAGACGCAGAAAUUACUCUAACAAAGAGGCUUUUUUUCAAGCUCUUUACAAUUCUGGAGUCAAAAGUGGAGUCGCUUAUUUAAACUCGGACGGGAAUCGAUCGAAGACGACCCCCGCUCAGGGCGGCCAAUAUCGGUAGUGACCGGAGAAAACGCAGCAAAAGUCAAAAAGCUGGUAUUAGAAAAUAGAAGAUAGCUGAGGUCUUAGGUAUUAGUAAAGAAAGAGUUGAAGAAAUUUUACAUUAACAUUUAUACAUGAGU